UUCCUUAUUUUUUUCUUAAAGUGAAUGAGCAGGAAUGUCUCCAUUCCUGCUCCAUUCCAUGGGAUCUAAGGUCAGGGGACAACCCCCACCCCAAAAAUGCCAUUGCUUUGCUGGGGGCAGGACUGUACCACAGAGGGGCCCGAGACCAGGGACCAGGCUGCAGGUGGGGAGGCCUCCAUUUUGCCUGGGAAAUGAGCCCCUGACCACUCAGUGACUCAGUGGAACCAUGUUUGCUAAAAAUGCUUUCCUUCAUUGACCCCUUCGCAAGUCUGAUCUGAUGUUUCCUUUGCCUCGAGUGACCUGCCCCUGCCCCUAACUAUUUACAUGAAGGAGAAAGGAAGGGAGAAAAGAGUCAUUAACCGUGGUUAGGAAUAGACAGUAGAGAAAUCAUCUUAUCCCGGAAAGAGUGCUGGAGAUUGCUUGUACAAUGUGAAAGGACUUGAAGCUACUGAAGUUGGAGUGUUGAAGAUGGUAAAUUGUAUGUUAUGUGUACUUCACUACAAUUUAAAAAAGAAUCCUCUCACCCUGGCCCUGCCUCUGGUUGCAAUCUCACCCAGAAGUGCCGAGGUGCAGGAAUCCUUUAUGCUCCGAGUUCCAGUGAGUGGGAAGGGAUUCUCCCUGAAGACCCAGAAUGGUCCUUCGUGUUUCUGCACGGCUCUGGCCGUGGUUCGUUAUGUGCUGUGUCGUCCUGCCAGUCCGUAAAUGGGAUCCUGUUCAUCGGUGUCAGGAAUCUAGGUCCCUGCCCCACACCUCACUUGGUUCAGGCAUUCUUGGAUGAAUCUGGAUACAUGAAUCUCACCAAAAUCUGCUUUUUAAAGUAAGAACCUCUGGCUAAAUUUAGCUGCAUUUUCUGGGCCAGCUCUACAAAAUGGCAUCUCUUUAAAAGAUUUCCAGCUUGAGGAUUCUUUCCCUCAGGGGCAGCGAUAAUAUCUGUUGUUAAGUCGGGAUGAAUCGUCGGCGGUGGACGACUCUUAGCCGCUGCGGAGGCUGGAGGCUGUGGCUUCGGUCGGCUCUGUGUAGCUCUGGACUGUUCUGUACCACUGUUUGUUGUGUUCACAUUUUCCAUUUUAUUUCCAGUGACACAUUCAGGGUGAAAAGGUCUCCAAAACGGUCUCCUCUCUCUGAUCCACCCUCUCAGGACCCCACGCCAGCGGUGACACCAGAAACGCCGGUCAUCUCUGCGGUGGUCCAUGCCACCGAUGAGGAGAAGCUUGCCGUCACCAACCAGAAGUGGACGUGUGUGACAGUGGAUCUGGAGGCUGACAAACAGGACUACCCGCAGCCCUCGGACCUGUCCACCUUCGUCAAUGACACCAAAUUCAACUCACCCACGGAGGAGUUGGAUUACAGAAACUCCUAUGAAAUUGAAUAUAUGGAGAAAAUUGGCUCCUCCUUACCUGACGAUGACGCCCCGAAGAAGCAGGCCCUGUACCUUAUGUUUGACACUUCUCAGGAGAGCCCGGUCAAGUCUCCCCCGGUCCGGACGUCAGAGUCCCCGACGCCGUGUUCAGGGUCGAGUUUUGAGGAAACUGAAGCCCUUGUAAACGCUGGGGCAAAGAUCCAGCAUCCUGUCACACGAGGACUGGCUCCCAACCAAGAGCCACAUUUGCAGGUGCCAGAGAAAUCCUCCCAGAAGGAGCUGGAGGUCAUGACCUUGGGCACUGCUUCAGACGCGAUUGAAAUUGUGAGUGGGGUUGGAGGGGCCCAAGAUUACUGGGGCUGAGGCCUGGGCCACCUGGGUCCCAUCACCUAAGGGUCCAGCCCUUCAGAGUAAUCUCACCCAGCCCCUGGCGUGGGGCCCCGCCCAGUGCCUGGACCACAGAAGCCAGCCUCGGAGACCCCACACCCUAGCCAUGAGAGAAAAGCUCUUCAUCUUCACCAGUGUGGUUUGGAGUUCUUACCUCACUGCUUUAUUUGCCUUCGGGGUUCUUGAUUUUCCACUUCAGUCCCUUGGGGCUGCACUGUUGCUUUGGAGGUGACAUCAGUCUGUACCCUGCUUCUCCAUACUCUAGGUCAGGGGGCAGAGAAUGGUAGGGCAGGGGACACUCCUUUUGGGAAACACUUGGUUUUCCUGGGCGUUGGUGAUGAGAAGUCCCUCCUGUUUACAGACCUAUUUACAUCCCUCCCCUCCCAACCCCUCUGGAGCCUUGCAGAGCAGAUAGACCCCCUGAACAUCUAAAAUGGGCCAUCCUUCUAGGUGAAUUUUUAUUUUUCUCUCUUUUACCUCCUUCCCAGCAGUCCCCAAGAGGGUUUGAAGCCAUUGACUUAGUUACUUUUAGUGGUACUUUUGUUGUUCUAUAUUAGUAGACCAUUUAUUUCUCAUGCAUCAGAUAUUUAUUGAGCACCUACUCUGUGGCAGUUAGAUAUUGGGAAAAUAUUAGUAAGCAAGAAGAAAGUAGAUGUGACUCAGUCUCUCAAAUACACAACUAUGGAAGAACUCGUGCAUGACCCAACUUCUAUAGAGUUGGCUUCUGACCUUGGAGUCUUCCCAGUCUACCCGGAAACACUUUUUCAUUUGAAAUCGUCUUUCUGUUAUUUAGAAAAUGACCUUUAUCAAAACCUUUGACACAUAUACUUAGAGGUGUUUUCUUGAUGAGUUAUAUUAUGUUUGGAAAACCCAUCAACUGCCUUGUCUCCCCCACUGAGCUUUUCAAAUACAUAAGUAAAUGGUAACUUU